AGCCAGUUUGCGAACAUAGUUUCGUGGUUCAUCCUUAAGAAGAAAAUGGUAUUCAUACAUAGAACAUGGGUGCUUAUGAUAUUAGCUGAAUUUGUUAUAAUGCUAAUGAGUAGAACUACUGAAGCCAAAGUUCCUGCAGUUAUAGUAUUCGGGGACUCAUCCGUUGAUGCUGGAAACAACAAUCAGAUUCCCACAGUUGCGAGAAGCAAUUUUGUGCCUUAUGGCCGCGACUUCCCUGGUGGAGUACCAACAGGGAGAUUCUCAAAUGGCAGGGUUCCGACUGAUUUCAUCUCUGAAGCUUUCGGCCUCAGGCCAAUUGUGCCCGCGUACCUUGAUCCUAUGUACAAUAUAUCGGAUUUUGCUGUUGGAGUCACUUUUGCUUCUGCAGGAAGUGGUUAUGACAAUGCAACUUCUGAUGUCCUGUCUGUGAUUUCUUUGUCUAGGGAACUUGACUACUACAAGGAGUACCAGAGGAAACUGAAGGCCUAUCUCGGUGAAGCCAAGGCAAAGAUAGUAAUAAAAGAAGCAUUGUACCUGAUGAGCUUAGGCACAAACGAUUUCCUGGAGAACUACUACACAAUGCCUGACCGGAGAAAUCAAUUCACUGUGGAUCAAUAUCAGGUAUUUCUAAUUGGAAUCGCUAGAAAAUUCGUUACAGACCUGUACAAGCUGGGAGCUCGUAAAGUAUCAGUCGGAGGUCUACCCCCAAUGGGAUGCAUGCCACUAGAAAGAACAACAAAUCUGUUUAAUGGAUAUGAAUGCAUGGAGGAAUACAACAUGGUGGCUUUAAGUUUCAACAAUAAGUUGAGUGGUCUGGUGAAUAGGCUGAACAAGGAACUUAAAGGGAUCCAAGUGGUGUUUUCAAAUCCUUAUCAAGUUUUCCUCGGAUUGCUUAAGAAACCUUCCUCAUAUGGUUUUGUAGAAGCCGAGACAGCAUGUUGUGCCACAGGAAUGUUUGAGAUGGGAUACGCAUGUUCGAGACUCAGAGCACUAUCGUGUGAAGAUGCGGACAAAUAUAUCUUCUGGGAUGCCUUUCACCCUACUCAAAGAACAAGCCGCAUCAUCUCCGAUCAUCUCGUUAAGACCGUUCUCCACAAGUUUCUUUAGAACUCACCAUGCAUAGUAUUUAUUGAUUUACCAUUUUUCCGGGCCCAAAGUACCAGCUGCGGCUUGUCUGAUUUUCAAUGAUUUUGUCAAUGUAUUUUCCAUUAUCUUCUUCAUUUUGUCUAGUAUUGUGUGACGAAUUUCGGUGUACUUAAUUUACAAGGGAUAAUAUGUUAUAUUCCUAAAUAA